AUGUUUAAUAUUAACUGCCCUUAGUAAAACCAUCAAUCAAAAGUUGAUUUCUUUUGUAUCAAUCCUUUUUGCAAAGAUCCUAGAUUUUUUUGUUUUGAAUAAUGUUUUCAAGUCAAUUCAUUACAUUAGCAUGAUAGAAAACACAUUAAUAAAAUUGAAUUAUUACCAGAUUAUUUAAUAGAUUUCUCUUAUUAAUUUAAUUCAUUAGAGUAAGAGUUAAAGUAGUUAAUUUAACUCAUUAUGGAGCUUUUCCAUUAACUUCAAAAUUAAAUAUAAAAAAGAUUUUAAUGGAAUCUAAAAAAAUUAAUGGAUUUAGGAGGAAAACAAAUUGAGAUUGUCUUAAGUAAUAUGAUAAACUUUAAUGAUUUUUAAAGAAGGCUACUUGAAAAAAUAAAUAAUUCUUCUGAUCAAUUGAUCGAAAAUUUAAGAUCUUAAAUUUAAGAAUUAGAAGUAGAUGAUGUAUAAUUAUUUUAUAAGCUUGUAGAUGAAAGUAUAGAAAUAUGAAUUUUUACGUUCUGUUCAUUUAUAAGAGAAUAAAUCUCAAUGCAAAAUAAUUUCAUUCAAUCAAGAUUCUUCAAUUAUUGCAAUGGAUGUAUCAAAUCGAAUUAAAAUCUAUGGAUUUAACAAGGGAUAAUUACAGUUGGUACAUGUGAUUGAUCUUUUCGAAAUAAAUCAAAUUAAUUACUUAAAAUUUUUUUAAUCCUCUGAUGAGUUUUUACUUGGAAGUGAGUUUGGUGACAUAAUGCUUUGGAAAAAGAAUGAAAGAUAAUAAUUUAGUUAUUAAUUUAUCAGAAGGAGAAAUAUUUGGGAAUUUAUUUCUUCAUCUCCAUAGUAUAAUCUUCUUAUUAACGAUUAAGAAGAUCUAAUUGUUCAAUCAAAAGAUAAUUCAUUAAAAUUGUAUGAGAAACAAUAAGAGUGGAACUGCACAUAAACUAUAAUAAAUCAAUCAAAAAUCAUGAGUUAUUGUUUAAAUUAAUCAUCUAAUAUGUUGAUUUCUUCUUGUUAAGAUAAUGUUGUAAUUUAUUUAAAAUAAAAAAAAUAAGUUUGGAAAUAGAUAUAAACAAUCGAUUUAGAUUAAUGGGGGUAUCGAAUAUGCUUUGUUGAUGAUAAUCAUUUUGCUUUUCAACCAAGAUGCAAAGAUUAUCUAUAGAUUUAUGGUUUGAAUGAUUAAAGUAAAAUGUUUGAACUUAAAAAAAAUGUUUAAGUAAAAUCAGCAAGCAAUGUUUGCCAUAAUUAUUUUCCCUUAUAAUUCAUAAAAAAUAAAAACAUUAUAAUUAAUAAGAACGGUAGAUACAUUAAUAUAAUUAAAAUAUCACCAGAAGGAGAUUGUGAAACUUUAUAAUUUAUUAAAUUUGGAGAUUAACUUAUCUAUGGCACUAUAACAAAUGAUGGGGAAUAUUUAAUUACAUGGGAUAAUAAAUCUACUGAAUUACAAAUAAGAUAAUUUUAAGAAUGA